GUUAUAUUCAAUACAAUACCAUUUAAGAUGUUAUUAAUUAAUUUAUGUAGCCACUCAAAAAUCCAUUUGGUAUAAUGGAUCCAAAUGAAAAGCCAAAGUAAUACUAGAAUAAUCCAUUCGAUAUAUGUAUCCCUUUUGAUAAUAAUUUUUAGAAAAUGAUGAAUUAAACGAAACAAUAAAAUUAGGUGACAACGUGGCAUCUCAAGAAGAGAAGUAAUUAUUGUUCGAGCCCUCUAAAUUGCAGUCUAAUGAAACCGUUGAGGAAAUUUCUUUAUUAGAGGGUACUCUAAUAGAUUUAGAAAUAUAUUAGACCUUGAUAUUACAUCGCCAUUACUCAUAAAAUCUAGGAUAAUGAGUGUUCUCUUUUUCUAAAAAUGUGAUAGCGAGUAUUUAGAAGAUCCUGAUCUGUCAGGUCCUAUACUAAUUGUAGUAUCAUUAGGACUAUUACCAUUAUUAGUAAUUACUUAUUUUAUUCAUCAGACAGGAAAAGUUCAUUUCAAUUAUAUUUAUGGAAUAGGAUUAUGGGGCUGGCUUUUACUUUAUUUUUUGAUGAAUUUUAUGAUCUAAUAACAAGAAAAAUAGAUAGAGUUUUAUAAAAUAUUGAGCUAUUUAGGUUAUGGAUUAGCACCUAUAGUCUUAUUAUCAUUUCUCAGAAUAUUUUUAUAAGAGUACUUAUAUUUGAUAUAAUAAAUAGUUCCUCAUUUGUAUAUGCAUUAGCUAUUGUAUGUGCUAUUUGGUCUACUGCUAGUGUCUCUAAAACCUUUGACACAGUAAAUAAAUAAAUUAUAUUAUUUAUAGAUUUUAGGAUUACAACACAGAAGAUUCUUGAUUGCCUAUCCCUUGUUUUUAUUCUAUUGCACAUUUGUAAUUAUAACAAUAUUUUCAUGAAUCAUUG